AUGGAUCCCGCUCAUCCGGACUUGGCAGCUGCCAUAUCGCUGUCCGGAUUGAGCGUCGAGGGCUGGCCGCAGCCCAUGCCCGUCCCGGUGCAGCAGCACCAGCAUGCGCCAUUAUACCCUCUCCCGGACCAGCAUCCACCACCACAAGCUAGUGGGUUUGUGACGUCGGACCCCGGAUUCGUACAGAAUGGAUUCUUGUCGUCUCAUUACAUGCCGGCGGAGGGCGACGGGUUUGGUGUAGAUGUCCAGUUCCGCGACUUUGCCCACUUCCUGGACGGGAUGGGGCUGCCUGCAGAAUGGAGCCCUUACUUUCACACGGGUGGUUCUGGAGCGGACGGAGAGGGUGAGGAUGUGGAUGUGGAUGAUGACGUGGACGCUGAAUCCUGUCCGUCUGCCGAUAAUGCAAACGCCACAGUUGUGACCAGCCAGGUGCCAGUCAGGCCUGAUCUUCGGUUGGGAGCAAGGACGCCGUUUGCCACGUGGCUACCUUCCGCAUCUGCGGCCAACCGUAUGACUGCAACACUGCAGGAGCUUGCUCCUCGUCCCCUCAACGCCGAUGCCCACCCGCUCCGGGUAACGGAGGAGCAGCGGGCACAGCUUUCGACCUGCCUCGACGAUCUUGGCUCCGUCCUCCCAGAGCCGUCGUUCCGCAUGCCGUCCCGACAUGCGCUGACACGCUAUGUGACCUCAUUCUUUGAGGGGUUUCACAGCCACAUGCCCUUCAUCCACCUGCCUACCUGGCGCAUCCUCGACCAUCCCCUGGAGCUGAUACUCGGCAUCACCGCGGUGGGUUCUCAGUACUGCUUCGAGCACCGGGUGGCAGAGCGUCUCUUCUUUGCCGGCAAGGCGGUAGCAUUGCACAGGCUGCAGGUGCGGCGGGGGAGUGGUGCUCACUGGACCAGUGGUGGGAAAGAUGGCGGGGAGGGUGACGAUGAUGAUGACAGGACUGAGAUAAUCAGGGCCUUGGUCACGCUCAUGGGGUUCGCAACCUGGGAGCCCAAGGUGUCGUUGCUGCGUGAGGCGUUCAACCUCCAGACCGUCCUUGCUCAGCUGCUGCGGGAAAGCGGCAUCAGCCACGAUCCAGUCCAAGAUUUGUCCAGCACUCCUGCCACCGACAGCCCCGACGGCAUUGAUUCCGAGGACCAAGACAAAGCCUGGAGGGUAUGGGUAAAGCAAGAGUCCACUCGACGCAGCAAGCUUAUAUCCUUUUCUUUCCUGCACACCCACAGCAUCGCUUACGAAGUCUACCCGGUCCUUCGCAGCAACGAGAUUGGGCUGCGCCUACCAUGUAGCACGCCCGAGUGGAAAGCCCCAACCGCGGCAGCAUGGUGCCGAGUACGAGCAGAGGUGGUCAAGGAGCAGCUCUUUUUCCAAGAAGCGCUCAGCCAGCUCCUCCGUCACAGCGGCGCCAAUGUCAACAACACAAAUGUCAACAACACCAAUGUCAACAGCACCAAUGUGGGCUCCAGCUCGGGGGCGAGCACGCCGCCGCAGCCACUGGACCCGAUUCCCACCCCACUGGGGAACUAUCUCCUCCUGCACGGCCUGCUGCAGCGCAUCCACAUCCUCCGCGACCUCUCCCUCCCCGGCCUAUCCUCCUCGCCGUCUUCCUCCCUCCCGUCGGACGAGGUAGACAAGCUGGAGCGGGCGCUUCGAGCCUGGACUUGGGGCUGGCAGCAGGCGCCCGAGUCGUCUCUGGACCCGAACAACGACAACGGACCGAUACCGUUCACGUCGUCGGCGCUGGUGGGGCUGGCCUAUGCCCGCCUCCACUGCCACCUGGGACCGCACAGGCGGCUCGACACCCGAGACCCGGCCGUCGUGGCGGGGACCCUGAUGCGCUCUCCGCGCGUGGGCCGAGGCGACGGCGGCGUCAUAUCGGCGCUGCUGUACGCGGCGCACAUGCUGGGGAUCCCCGUGCGGCUGGGCGUCGACCGCGUCGCCCGCAGCCAGGCCUUUUUCUGGAGCGUGCGGCACAGCCUGGCCGGGCUCGAGUGCGCCGUGCUGCUGUCCAAGUGGCUGAGGAGCGUCGGGGAGGAUCUCAAGGGCGGCGGCGGCGGAGCUGUGUUGACGGACAGCGAGGAGAGGAUCGUGCACUGGGUCAGCACGAUUGUCGAGGAGGCGUAUGCCGUGGUUGAUUUUGAUGAUGACGGUGGAGGAGACCACGACCGCGGUAGAGGAGGGCCCGCUCCGAAAGACCCCGGCCAGCUGGGGCUGGACGUUUUGAGAAUAUGGGCACACUUCUUCAGGAGGAACGCGCAGUGGAAGUUUAUAAACUUUAUAGGACUGAGCUUGGAAAAGUAUAGGGAGCUCCUUGUACGGAGUAGUGGUCCUGUCGGUUGAAAUUGUUCAGAGUAUUACGAGCCUAUUAUCACCAUAGAUAAGUAUAAUAGCAUUUUGUGCAUGCAACCCCUCAAAAGCAGAGAAUCAAUUCUGUCAGGACAUAU